AUGUUCAGGAAAUUACUCUCGCCGGAUCUAUUUCCACUGUACAAGGAUGACACUGAAAACAGUAUACUGUCAAUACCAAAAGUUUUAGAGGAAUCUGGUCUAAACACUAAGGAUCGUGAUGCUAUUUUGGAGUUGGUCAUGGAUGUGGCUGGCGUUAAUGACGUCGUCGAGAAGUCAUUGGAUUUGCUAGGUAACAUAAAAGCCCUAAAUUUGGAUAAAGAUCUGGCUUUGAUUACCAAAGCCGUUGAUGACGCUUUUGUGGAUAUCAAGAACAAUUUGCGUGCACAACAAAAGCGAGAACUGGCAAGUCGCCAGUUUACCUUUUUGGACAAGCAUCAGUUGGAGAAGCUGUACGGAAGGGAAGGUAAGGUUUUGGCAAGAGUCGGUUAA